AUGCUUGAGGUGCUCCGCAGAGGCGAUAGCAAGUGGGUUGUUACCAAGCUUGCCAAGGAGCACAACCACGAGGUCGGGCUGCCCAGCAGAGUGCAUUAUAUCGCCAUCGAGACUGAUGCCGCUGUUGACCCUUACAUUGGAAUGGAGUUUGAAUCCCUCGAGUCUGCGAAGACAUUCUACUACUCAUAUGCCAGCCGCGUGGGAUUUGAAGCUCGUGUGCGUCAGUCCCGCAAGUCGCAAGAUGACUCACUCAAGAUGCUGAAGCUUGUGUGCUCGAGGCACCGAUACCAUUCAGGACGGGAGAACAAUGGAGAGGAUACCAAGAGAGUGCAUGCGUUGGAUCCCUCGAAGGAUGGUUGUGAUGCAUUGUUUGAGAUAAUUCGGAAGGACAAAGAUGUCUGGAUGGUCUCCAAACUCAUCCUAGAUCAUACUCAUGAGCUGAACCCAGCACCAACAUGUAGAGUUCGCUGUGUUCGCUCCCAAGGUGAGGUACUUGUCAUUGCAAAGAAUUUUGCCGACACACGUAAUCUCCUACUGAAUGGCCAAGAUUCUCAGCAUCCUAGAGAGAUGCGGUAUAAUGAUUUAGGGCCAGAGGAUGCCGAAAGCCUAUUUGAAUAUCUUAAGAAGGCACAAGUCGAGGACCCUGCAUUUUUCUAUGCUGUGCAGCGAGACAAGAAUGGGCACACGGCCAAUAUCUUCUGGGCUGAUGCUAAAGCCAGAAUGGCUUACUACCAUUUUGGUGAUGCUGUUAGGUUUGAUACAACAUACCGGAAAAACAAGGAGAAUAUCCCCAUCGUCAUAUUCUCAGGUGUCAAUCAUCAUGUGCAGCCUGUUGUCUUUGGCUGUGCACUACAUGUUGACGAGUCUGAAGCAUCAUUUGCAUGGUUAUUUGAAAAAUGGCUUGAAGCAAUGCGUGUGGGCCCCCCAGUUUCUUUGCUAACAGAGUUGAACCAAGGAAUGGCAGCUGCUGUUGCCAAGCUACUACCCGAUACUCACCAUAUUUUCUGUGAAAACCAUAUCUUAGGCACUAUGGAUGAGCUACAUGGUAUGUUUCCAGAACUGGAGCCUUUCAUAACUGAUCUAAGGAAGUGUAUUGAUGGGUGCAGAAUAGAAGAAUCAUUUGAAUCAGGUUGGAACUCGGUCAUCAUAAAGCAUGGGUUCAGAAAUAAUGAGCUUUUACAGUCUCUCUACGAUAUUCGCCAACAAUGGGUCCCUGCAUAUACGAAGAUGGCAUUUCAUCCCAGAAACCUGCUGCCACAAACCUGUGAAAAUAUUGAGAAGGUUGUUGAGAAGUACUUCUCGUCCAAGACCCAAUUGCAGGUGACUGUCUGGCAAUUUGGACAAGCUAUUUCCAGUUUGUUUGAAACCGAAGCUCAGGCGGAUUAUUUGACGAUGUUUCAAAUGCCAGCAUUGAGUACUGCGUCACCAGUGGAAAAACAAGGGAGUUCAAUAUUCACUAGCACAAUAUUUGGCAUAUUUCAGGAGCAAUUUGUUGAGUCCUUUGGGUACCACGCAGAGAGACUCGAGGAUGAGACAGUACACAAGUAUCAUGUCACAGUGUAUGAAGGUGAUGAGGAGACACAUACUGUCUCUUUCAACCCAGAUCAAAGUACGGUGAGUUGUAGUUGCUGCCUGUUCGAGAGCUUUGGUAUCUUGUGCAGGCAUGCUCUCCGGAUUUUCAUUAUCGAAAGAGUAUGUGCCCUUCCAAAGGCUUAUAUCUUGAAACGCUGGACAAAGCAUGCAAAAAAUAUUAUCACCUUGGAUAACUACAUUGAUCUGAGAGGAUACCGUGACGAUCCUUCAACUGCAAGGUUCAAUGAUCUCUGCUGUGAUGUGGCUAAAUGUGCAAAAGAAUGUUCAAAAUCCUCUGAACUCUAUAAAAUUGCUAAAGAGGCACUGCACAAGGCUCUUAAUGAGGUAGUACUGUCUUCAAAGAACUUUAGAGAGCAGCAAAAUCUGCAAAGCUGCACAACAUCAAUAAAAAAGCCAAUAAAGAAGUUCGGUAAGGCCAAAAAUUCCUCUGGUAAAAGCUUAAAGAUAUCAGCAUCUAAAAAUCCCCUCAUGGAGAGUGGUGACAUUAGAUGA